AUGAUCGACCUGAGCUUUCUGACUGAGGAGGAGCAGCAGAGCAUCCUGGCAGUGCUGAGGAGAGAUGCCGAGCUGAAGAAGGCCGAGGAAAAGAGAGUCCAGUGAGUUCCUUUUGUAAUGUUUUAACACAUCUGUAUACAGGCACUGACAAAUUAUAAAACCCUCUGCCUUUACUGUGACUGAGGAGAUAAUGUAGAAAGUGUAAGGAAACAAGAGAUGAUCUGAAUCGUCAUGGAAAUGUUGCACAACAGUUAUAGAGAAUUUGAGCGUGAUAAAUGAUGAAGCAGUGAAGAUGCAUUCACUCUGUCUUGUGUGUGUGUGUGCUUUCAGGAAACUCCAGAAAACCUUUAAUAACAAGGACCAGCUCAAGUACAUGACUGGAGAAUGGUUUUACGAGACCAAGCAGCUCCGCCAUCAGGAUCGCAUCCAUGGCUCUGACAUCAUCAGGGCCUCCAUGAAACACACACAGAAACCCCUGACCAUACGUGAGUCUGCAGUAUCCUGUAGUUUUGAUUUGAAUACCUUCAACAUUAAAAGACAAACAUCUUUUCCCUCCAUGAACAGAAUUGCAAAGUUCUUUUAAUCAUGAACUACACGCCUGUUUUCAAAAAAUUUUAGGAUAAUGUGUAAAAUGUUCUCAAAAACUGAAUUUGAUGGUUUGCAUGUUAUUAAAAUUUCUAUGUUCAAUUGAAAAAAAAAUGCAAAAACACCAUAUCAGAUGUUGAAACUGAAAAGUGGAGACUGCAUGCAGACCACUUUAGCAUCAUGAGUCUUCUAACCACAGAGCCAUGCUGUUAUAAUAUGUGCAAAAUGUGGUUUGACAUCUUCCUGCUGUAGCAUGCAAGGUCUCCCAUCAAAAGGAAACUGUUUGCUGAUCACAAGCUGAUUGGUACCUCUCUUUUUAGAGUGAAGUGGCGUCCAUGAUUUCAAAAAGAAUGUUAAUUUCUUUCUUUCUUUCUUUCUUUCUUUCUUUCUUUCUUUCUUUCUUUCUUUCUUUAUUUCUGGACAUGGUUCAGGACAGUUUCAGCUCUUAGAGAUCGCUGGUUGUGUUUAUAUCUGGUUUCAUCUUUCUACAGCAAAGCUUUAACUUGAAUUUGUGGGGGCAGCAACAAACUUUCUUUUCAGACAACUGUUUUUACAAGUGAUUUUGAGUCUAUGCAGUGAUUUCCACUACAGAGUCAUGUUUAUCCAGUAUCAGUUAUCAACCUUGGCCCUUUUGCCCAGAGAGUCCUCCAAAAUCUCUAAAAUUUGCAGAUCAUUUAUUGUAAAUAUUUCACGGAUGAACAUUAUUCUGAAAUUGUUGAACUAUUUGCUCACACAGUCUCUCACACAGUGAUUAACCUGUCCAUAUGUUCACUUGUGAUAGACUGAACCUCUCUCUGCUCUACUCUACUGUUUCAAUACAGUUAAAUCUUUUAGGCCAUGAGAACUUUAGACAUGGUUAUCGAUCCUCUAUUCAGAUGUUUGUUUGUGUCAGCUGAUUAACAUUACAGCCACAGUACAGUGAGAGUUAUGAUAAAUAGUAAACAUGUCUAUCAGUAGCUUUGUUGUAUGCUGCAGUGGAGCUCUCCCAUUCCCAACCAGAGAGGCCAAGUUUUGUCAACAGUGAGAAUAAAGAAGUGUAUGUCCCACCUGUGCUCCGCGGAGUCCUUCAGGAGCCUCCUGUAGAGCUGGACAAUGAAAGGUAAGUAAGCAAAAUGAGCAUCAAACAUUUAUAAAUGUAUUUUUAUAUGUGAAAUAGCUGUAGUCGGGUUUGAUGAGACUCUUUAACCACAUUUGGCGGUUCAGACAUUAUUACUGUUCAUGACAAACACAGAAAUCACCUCCUGCAGCUUAGAUCUUUAAGUAUGUAAACAUUCAGAGUACACAAAUGUAUGGUCUGUGUUGUCUGAUUGGAGCAACAUCACAUGAUGCACCAGCAGAGUAGAUUAUUUGGAUGUAAUUUCUUGCCAGUGGAGUCGUGCACAUGGAAAAUAGAUACUUAGUAAUUGGCCCCCAUAGUUCCUUAUAAUCUUCUUAUAAGGUCAGGUCUCACAUGUUCAUGUUUUCGCCUGAACACCCUGAGGAGUGAUCACACUCAUAAAUGUCAUUCACGUUCCUUAGCCUGAGCAAUGAGGAUCACACCGCCUGUUUUAAAAAUACAAAACGUUGAAUGAAUGAUAGUGUAGUGGUAUUGACACCAUGUGCUGGAUGAAAAUAUAACAUAACAACAUAAUUUUGUACUUCCAUAUAUAUUUAUGAGCAAAGUAUGUCUAGCCAAGAAUCAGGACUUGUUGUUUUUUGACAAACCAUAAAAGUUCUGAUAAAACUCUGAACUUGUCUUGUAAUCUGUGAAGUGAAAGGUGUGAAAACCACAGCCCUCCUCAUACACCAGAACAUGAACCUGCACUGGUUUUACAGUCACCUACAAAGGUGAGACUCUAUGAAAUCUCAAGUUGAUUGUGAAAUCAAGCACUAGGCAGCAGCAGGUAUUGAAUUUAUCCAUCUCUUUUUGUUAAAGGCAAGAAUAAACCCGUUUGAUGCUGAUGUGAUUGAAAGUUACACCUCAGAGGAAGUGGAUGAAGCAGUGGAUCAAGGCCUGACAGAAAACGAGGGUGAGUGUCCUGCUGAUUGGUGCUGAUUAACAGAUUUACUGUUAUUCUUUUCAUUGUGAUCUAAUGAUUUAUUGUGCGUUAUGUCUGGAACCGUGCAAGUAUGAUGGACACAUCAUGGACACAGUUAGGAUGGACUUUACAAACCAAUGUAAGUCUGGUUCUGUCACUCCGACGUCCAGGUGUGUGGGUGCUUCAUGCUUCAGCUGUUUCUACCCUUCCUGUGAACAGCAUGCUGGCAGCGGUGGUUGCAUGGUCAUGGAAAGCAUGUUCCUACUCGUCAUUUCUAACAACUCCAUCACCCUAAUAAGUCUGCAAAAUAAGAAAAAAGCAUUUUCACACAGUGUUACAAAGAAAGGAACUGAUUUAACUCCAUGAACAGAUUCUCAGUAUUAGUGUUUGUCAAACAAACACACAUCUCAAGGAUUUCCGUUGCUUCAUAUUUCUGAGUUUUUUUCUGUCUCAAGUCUCUGUUCAAUGAGCCGGUGUGCACAGGCCUCAGAGUUUCCCAGAAGUUGUCAAAGUGAAAGGAAGUCCAAACACACAGAGCUGCCAGACUAGCCAGAGGAUUAAACAGAAAUACAUUCCACAGCCUAAUCUGUACUGCAUGACUUAAGGCUGCAAGAAAUAUUUCAGGAACUACAAAAACAGUGUUUUUGUGGCAGACAUUAUAACGCUAGAAGGAAACAACAGAAACAACAGGUGGUGUUUUUAAGAACUGACUGCUGCUCACUCAGUUCUAUAUGUCAUCCAUAAUAAAAACGGUUAUAUAUCUAUAUAUCAACAUGCAUGUUAACGCUAAAAGCUUUUGUCAAAUGAGCAUCUUAAAAACUCAAUAACACUGAAUACAACAAUUUUUCUGACAGUCCUCAGAACUUACUGAUAUUGAAAUAACUAUUUCUCAUUAUGCUGAAAAGGUGCAAAAGCUUCAUUUCUUUUAUUAAUUCUGCAGCCAAACUGACUUUUAUUCUGUAUGUUAUUAUGAAGUUCAUUGGCAUGCAUCUGUAUUUAAUCGGUUGUUACUGUAGUACUUGACUCAGAUAGCGUAAGCUUGAAUUAUUCCUUUUUAAGUAAGCUGUAAUCUCAGGGGUUCUCAACCGAGCGUGUUGAAGGGAUAUUUCAGUGUUUUUGAAGUGGGAUUGUAUGUGUUGCAUGUAAUUAGUACGUGUAAUAGUAACAAUGGAUGCUGGUCUGCUCGGCUCCUUUAAUGAGAAAACACCAGUAGAAAAAGGACAUAAGGGAUGUCACUGUUUUGGACAGACAGGGCCAACUUUGCUAUGUGAAGUCACUAAAUUUGAGAGACUGUGACCUAACAUCUCAUCUCAGUUAAAAUGAGACAUUUAUUAGUGCUUUACUUUGCCACCAGAAAGCCCAUUUGUUCUAGAUUUAUUUGCUGACCCCCUAUGAGGAGUGAUUAGCUAUUCAGGCCUGUAAUGAUUAUGAUAAUUCUGAGAUAAAUUUUAAUUUCUGUAACUGCUGUGAGAGAGUAGGUGUACUCAAAGCUCUCUGAGGUAUAAGCUUUAUUCGAGAGCAAAUAUUCACAAUGAAUUACACAUUUAACUGUUAAAAGGAACCUUUUACUGGUAAAUGUUACUUACACAGGUGCAGGAGAAAACCAGUAAGGAUGUAAGAGCUCCCCCUUUGUCCACAGGUUUUGCACAAACUUACACAAAAAAGCUCCUCACAGGAGCUUAUAGCACAAAAUGUCCAAAGUUCACCUCGCAGACAUAAUAAUCUGUGUAGAGUUUGUUAUUUCAUCUCAGCCUUCCUCUUCAGCAGGACAUAUGAUAUAUUUUGUUAAUGUAAACAUGUUGUGUUGACCACAGGAGUUGUCAUUAUGCUAUAAAAACCAGAAAGAGCCCAACACUUACUUUAGCGACACUCUUUCAGCUUUUCUGUUUUUCUCAUUAAACUCCUGGAUUUCCUCAGUUUGUAGACAUUAGCUCAUAGUCUCCACACCUGUACCACCAAGUAGCUUGUGAUCUCUCCUGCUCUCCAGUUUGCAUUGAAGUCUCUAUCUCCUUUUUUUCCUCUGGUUCAUUUAGAUCUGUUCAACAUCUGCAAACUUCAGUGUGUAAUACUGUCUCUGUGUGUCCGCAGUAAACAGCAUGUCAAGCCUGAAAAAUUCCUCAGAAGAGUCAGAGUGUGAACUUGAAUAUUGUUAAAAUUAGUUGAAUUAGAGUCAGCCCUGUCUGCAGAAAGCUGCAGCAAACCAAGCACUCUGUUUUUACAAGCGGAUUUUCAUUAUAGGGGCAGAGCUGACUUCCAUUGUGGCUCGUAUUCUUACUGUUGACAUGUACUGUAACUCUUCCAAUGAUACUUCAAAAUACUGAAAUAUUCCUUUAAGUCCACUUGACUGGUUGGAGGUUACAUGUGAAGUGUUAUGAGUAGAGUAAAAAGAAGACUCAUAGAAAACAAAGGGAGUUAAUAAAACAACUUUAGCCUUUUAUAUCCACCAGCUUGCAAUGCCACUUUCAUAGAGUGGCAUUAGAUAGGCAAAUUUACGGCAUUUGGGUUUUAGGGUGAAGUGUUUAAGUCAUAAAUUUGUCAAAAGUGUUUGUCUUGUCAAAAGAAAGACAUUUUUAAGGUAAAAAAAUGACAUAAAGGGGGCAAGGGAGCAUCAAUCUGGAAUCUGACUGAUAGAUUUCGCUUUUAUUCCCAUUUCUACAGACUUUACCUUUACCUAAAACAUUGUGAUCAGGCUUUAUGACCAAAACACACAACUUUGUAAUUUUAGUAAAACUGAUGUUUGUUCUUGUGUCUUUUAGAGCCUUUAUCAUCGUGUGACGACUGCCUGUCUCAUAUAGACGGGCCAGGGGGUAGGCAUACUAUCUCAUCUGCUCCACGUAGCAUCCUCAAGCACUUGUCACCUUCUAGCUCCACAAACUCCUUGUUUGCUUGUCUGGAACUACCGAGUCCAGACAGCCUGGAUUAUCCCUCUGAGACCUGGAUAGACAGGAAGCAGGUGAGGUUCAGCUCUAUGGUCAGUCGAGGCGGACUGGAUCUACAAGAUGGGAGGGAGCUGGGGGAACACAGUCUGUUGGAUGUUGACUUCAUCGCACCCCCUGAGGACAAAAAUAACACUGGCAUUAGGGGCAGUGUUAGUGAGGACACACAUGGACUGUCCCCAGGAAACCAGGUGAUUUCCCAGGAAGAGGAACGUAACAGCAAAAAUGAGGCUAUCAUCUUCUUAACAGAUGGUAAGAGUUUUAUCUAAAAUUCCUAAAUUCAUUUAACUGACAAAACAUUCAACUGAAUAACUGCUGACAAAUAUUCAUGUACACAUUCCUAUGGGACAUGGAUAUAUACACAAGGGCUGUCUACAAAAGAAAGUUGUUUAUCAUGAUAGCCACUCAUUCAGCUCAAGAAGUGACCACUUUACAUCAUUUCAACUUUUCAUUCACUGCAGUUUUGCUUUCUUUUGAGAGGUGUAGGAGGCCUGAUAUGCUGUAUCUUUGCUCAAAAGCUUUGGUUAUUAAGUGUAAAUCAAGAUAUUCACCCACACUGUAUGAUUGAAUCUUUACAGAUAAAUCUGGUGAUGGAUACCAUGAUAGCUUUAGCCUUCAGUGAGUUUUAAGUGAGGCACAUACUAUAAUAUAAUCAUGCUGAUAUUGUCCUCUGGCAUGUUAAGAGGGAUUUUUCUACUAUCUGAUUUGCGUGGAGGAAAAUUUGGAGCCUCCUGGACCUGAAAUUGUUCAUGAUAAACAUGUUCGAUGUUUACAUUGACAGCUAAACGGAAAGCAAACUGACUGUGAAGGAGGAGGAAUUGUUAAGACAUUACCACUUAAGUGAAAGUACCAGGAAGCCAAGCAGAGCUAGCAACAUUUAGCACCAGUAGUCGGCCAUGUUUGUUUACUAUCAAAUGACAUGUCACUGCAAGAGACUUUACAAGAUUUUUAGUUCUGAAUGUUGGCACUCUAGUGAAAAGAGUCUUUAUGAGUGUGGCGUUAUUUUAAUUAUUAAAAUUUAUAAAGAUUUGUGUUGCUCCAACAGUUCUGUCUUCUCCAGCUGUCUUUUCACCUGUUCAUGCAGGUGUCAGAGCUGCUGGUAGAGGGCUGGACACACAGUCGUUAAAUAAGAGGGAGGGUUGAUUUGAAAGCAGGAUAUAGAUGCAGAGAUCCACAUAUUAUAAAGAAUAAUACAUUGAGUCAAGUUUUUUUAAUCCUUCUCAUAGUGACUGUGACAUGCUGAUAGGAGAUUUAAAGAAGCAAUACUAUAUAGUCACCCUAGCCACAAUCCACAGCCUUUAUAAAGCAAUACUCCACUUCAUAUGAUAGUUAUACACUUAAAAACACAAAUCUCUGAUAAUACUGAGUAUUGUUCAUAGGUACAUUGUAUAUGUGAUUUAGUAUGUGGUUGUUGUCUUUCCAGAUGUCUCUGGGCGCAGUUAUUUGGGGUUUCUUAGCCCUCCACCUCAACUCUCUUGUGCUGAGCAGGAGUCAGACAACUCUAUCCACCUGGAGACAGCUCCUGAAGACGGCCUCGGCUCCCAAACUACGACUACAGACAUCUCUGUUGAUGCCACCUCAGAAUCUGAGUCCUCACAGCCUGAACAAAGACUGCAUGAAGAAAAAGAGAAGGAUAACCAGACUCCAGAGAAAGAAGAAGAUAAUAUAUCUAAGGUUCAAGACCUGGACACCAACCAUGUUACCUCUAAAUGUGCUGCAGAUGCCACCUUAGAAAAUCAUGCAAGUGUCCAACAGCAAGCUAAAUCCUCUGAGCUGCCAGAGGUGAGAACGCUCCAACUUACAGCGAUGCAGAACACUCCUUUUAAAGAGACAGUGACCCCAGUGGAUACCAACAUCGUUGUCCAACAUCCAGAGAGAACAUCCAACCUGAAAACUUACGUGAAUAAAGAAAAAGGUGCUCCCAAAAGAGUUGUUGCAAGAGAAGAGGCAGGGCUCAAAGACGCAAAAAAGACGGGAACAGAAGAAACCCUUGACCCUCAGACUAACAGAGAUGUGAAGAGCAGAAGCAAUAAUCUCCCACCUCAAAUGGAAAUGAAAAUUCAAUAUACUGCUGGCACAUCCCAAGAAAAGAAGCCUUCACCACAGACUGACAUAAGCCGGUCAGUUAUUUUUUCUGAAGACGACUGCACAUAUCGAGCCAACCCCGUCGUCAUCUAUGAAGAGGCAGAUGACAUUUUGACAAGUUACAUGAGAGAGCCAGAGAUUUCUGAGACAAAGGAAAUCAUCAUCCCACCUAAACCUUCCUAUAAACCUGUCAACAGCCAGAAACCGGAGGAAACUAGUCCAGAUCCAACUCCCAGGCAGCCCAGUCCUACUCCUCAAGAGGAAAGACGGGCAAAGAUAAGCGAUCUAAAGAACUUUUGGGAGAAGGAAUUCAUAAAAUCUAAGGAAGCUGCUGCACAUGCCCCAAGUAGGUCUUCUCUUCGAGACAAAACUCAUUCCCCUCUUUCCCCUCAGUCACAUCCACAAACAAUCACCAGCAGCAAAGAGAAAUCUGAGGCAGGGGGACUAACAUCACCCUGUAAAACAAAACCCAACUCAGUCUUAAAAUCAGUAAAUGUGUCAAACAAAGGUUUUGUCAGUCAGUGUCCAGACAUGUCACAGCUGAAGAGUCCCGAGGUUGCAUUACCAUACAACCAAAUUAGAGAUGAGACUGAUACAGAAGUCUCCAAAUGGCCCCACAGUCCCAGGAAGUCCCUUACUCCAAGAGCAAAAGACCAAGAUGAAGAAUCAAGGAGGAGUCCAUCAAAGACAUCCAGCAGUCAGUGGCUCGACAGAUCCCAGCUGAAGAGUCCUGAUUUAUCAUCACCAUGCCACCAGAGUAGAGAAGGGCCUUCUACUGAGGUCCUCAAAUGGCCCGUCAGUCCCAGAAAAUCCCAAAGUCAGAGUGCAAAGGACCAAGAGGAAGAAACCAGGAGGAGUCCAUUAAAAAUGCCUAGCAGCCAGUUUAUGGACCGGUCACAGUUAAAGAGUCCUGUGGUUUCACCAUCAUCAAGCCACCGGAGGAGAGACAAGGCAGAUGCAGAAGUCCUCAAAUGGCCCCUCAGUCCUAGAAAAUGCCAAAGUCAAAGAGCAAAAGACCAAGACACAGAAACCCAGAUGAGUCCAUCAAAGUCGUCUAGCAGUAAGUGGCCAGACAGGUCACAGCUAAAGAGUCCUGAGGUUGCACCAUCAUCAUAUCACCAGAUCAGAGAUGAGGCGGAUUCAGGCGCCCUCAAAAGGCCUCUAAGUCCUGGAAAACCCCAGAGUCAAAAAGCAAAAGACCAAGAUGAAGAAACCAAAUGGAGUCCAUCAAAGACUUGCCACCCAAGGGUCCUACCAAGGGAACCUUCUAGUCCAAACAGUCCCAGGCUGGAUGGUUCUCCAUUAAAAACAUUCCCAAUAAACAUUGGCCCCCAAACCAAGAAUAGUGAAGAGCCUCAAGGAAAGCCCAUACCAAUGCCAAGAGAGAGGAAGAGUCCCACUCAUCAGGCAAAGCAGAUGGUGCUGACAGAAACUAAGCCAAGCGAGAGUGAUGGUGAUGUGAAUACCCAACAAAGCCGUUCACAGCCCCCUCAACCACAACCUAAGACCACCCCAGAGAAGAAGGCUAGCAGCCUCCCACGCCUUGCCAGAUCUGUCAUCUCUCAGGAUUAUCAGCACUACCUUGGACCACAGGAGAAGGCCUAUGUCCCCCCUUUUACUCAAGAGAGUGACGUGUUCAGAAGUCCACAGAAGUCCUCCAGAAACUCUAGUCCAAAGGACAGUCCUAAAAAGAGCUUCUUCACUUUGCAAAACAAAGUCGGAAACUCCAGCCAAGACAUAACGACCCGUACCCAAUCCUUGUCCCGAGCAAGUUUAGGCAGUGAGCUUUAGAAUUCUUUCUACAUUGAUAUUUCUUGAAAUAAUGACCUGAGAAUUGCAGUAUAGAGUUCAAGACAUAUUUUUUAAAUGUUUUUUUUUUUUUACACAUAGAGAUUUUUUCAAGAGGAACAAAAGUACAAUGACAGGAAAAUAUGAAAAUAUGAUAAAAAAUAAAAAAAAACCUUUGGGCUUGUAUAAAGAUAUUCUUCAAGCAAACACUCAAAUCAAAAGUUGGACCAGUGAACAUAGAUUUCAUAUCCAAUAUUUCAUGUUUAUACCAAUAAUUAAAAAUAUAGACCAAUUACAUCAGCAGCCUAUUGAACAGCAAGGCACCUUGAGAUGCCAAUGUACUGUACAAGUAAUUGAAUCAUGCCCAUGAGGGGCAUCCAGACUGAAUGAAAACCUCACCUAACAAUCACUUUGAGUAACAGUCUCAGGAAUAUAAAAAACAUGAUUUACAAUGAAAACCUAUAGGAUGCAUGUCUGUAUGGACCGGUCUUUAUGUGUUAGCUCCAACUGAAGGUGCACAUUAGAGAUGGGAAUUGUGGAGUCACCAAGUCAUCUCCAUGCCAUGUAUUUGUUCUGCUCAGUUACUGAACCAGGUGCCUUCACUAAUGAGCUCACCUUCCUGGCUGCUCAUUGGAAGCAGCUGGUUCAGUGACAGAGCAGAACAAAUACAUGGCAUGGAGAUGACUUGGUGACUCCACAAUUCCCAUCUCUGGUGCACAUCCUCGCCUAUUGAGAGUAUGUUUGAAGCAUAGCAGCAGCGUAGCGUUGUCUGGAAAAGUUACACAAUAAACUGUAAGAUAAAAACCCAGAAAAAACAAUGAAAGAUAGAAUUUAACAUAUAAGAUAGAAAUCAUAACAGGUCUGCAGAGUUACAUGACAGAGUGUUGGAUUAGGAGAGUAUGAAAAGGCAGUCCAUAUAAAAAAGGAAACUGUUGGUUAGAAGAAUUACUUUCAGAUCCUUAAAAACUCCUUUUAAGACCAAAUAUAUCGAAAACAUAACUAUUUUUGGCCAAUACUUCUGUUUGGUGAUAUGACUCUGAGAGCCUUUCUAUUUGCUUCCCAAACAGCAACAUCCAUUCUUGUAAAAUUAAGCUAAUACAGAGGUGCUUUAUUAGCUUAAUUACCAGCACUAUUUGUGAGGAGGCUAAAAGGCCCACCUCUGAUAGCUUGACCAAAAGUUAGGUUGAGUUAGCAUUACCAUUGUGGCAACCAUUGGUUUGUGACCAACAAAUUCUUACGUCCAGUUAUUAUACAGUCUAUGGUGCUUACCUAAAAUGUCAAAGACUGAGGCAGGGAGAGCACACCUCACCUCCUUACCAUUUCAUGUGUCAAGGCAGGGAGAGCAGCAGCAAAGAUGCCCUAGGUAGCAUAAUAGGCAUUAAUGACAAUAAAUACGACAUGUUAAAAUCAGAUGUAGUUUCAAAAGCAGGUGCUGAGGUGGAGGUGUGUUGCAUAGUCAAGAUCCUCUCUGGGGUGUAAUAUUAAUUUUCACUUUUUUACCAUUCAUGUCUUACUCUCCUUGCUUUCUUCUUUCCACAUCUUCCUGCCUUCUACUUUUCAUUACCUUGGACCAUUUCACUCAGAGAUGGCCGCUCUCUGUCAUGGCCCACCUGGCCUUUUUUCAUUUGACCAUUUAAUCUUUUUUUAAGGUUGAGAUCAGAUUUACCUGUGUGCAAAGCAUUUCAUUUGUGCCUUAAUGAGGAUUUGGGUUGCACUCACACCAGAGCUGUUUAGUCCACUUUAAACGAACCCUGGUCUUUCCCUGGAUAAUCCAGUUCAUGGGGAGUGGAGUGAAAGCUCAAACAGACUCUGGUGUGGCCCAAAUGAGUAAACUCUGGUCUCCUUAGGAACAUGGGUCUUGGUUUGCUUCCAAGUGAACCCUGAUGCGGUUUGUUUAAGGUGUGAAAGAUGAUAAACUGAUAAACUGAUAAUCUCCAGUCUAGCUUAUAUUAGCUAUAGCUACUAUAUUAGCUAUACUACCCCUUCUAUCAUUGUAACUGCUGUGCUGUUUAUAUAAAAAAUUGCAUAGCUGUGCUUUAACAUAGCAUCUUUUCCUACUCUCAACAUCAACUGUCUCAUCUCUAUACAUUUAACUCAGUUUUUCAUCAGGUUUUAACAGCAGAGUAUCAGUGUACAGUCUUUGCUAACAGCUAGAAUUUUUCUUUUUACUUCAAUAGACUCUUAAAGCUUGUGUCACGUUAUAGAAACUGUAAAUAAGAUUUUUGUUGUCUAUUUUUUUUCUGAGCUGAGUAUGACUAUCACUUGUGGCAGGUUGUGAGGAGACUCCUAGAUCCAUUAUGGCACCUCUAAAACGAUUAUCUGCUAAGUUAAAGGCUUCGUCCAAAAGUCUGGAAAACCUCACUUCAAAAUCAGGUAACAGAGGUCCUGUUCAGUCAUGAUUCAUCACCUAAUUGACAUGAUAUAUUGACAUUUUUAUUAGUUGUUCAUAAAUUAUACCAUUACCUGGUACUGUUUUUCUGUAGGAAACGAUAGCUCCAUGGAUAUCUCAAAAGAGCCAACUUAUCAGAGUGUGGAGGACGGUAAACGUGGAGAUUUUUUUUACAUAGACUGCACCUGGACAUGAAUUUAGUUCUCUUAUUAGAUAUUAUUUUCUAAUAUAAAUUUUAAAAUUUGUUUUUAAUUUUCAUGUCUUCUUUCGUUCUUUCCUCCUCCUUUAUUUUACAAUAUAUUUCAUGUUGAUGCCUAAGUUUGCCUGAAAUCACAUCUUUUAAAAGUGUUAAUGUAACUGUUUUGUUUUUAUCUUGAAUGACUCUUUGUAUGAAUGGUGCUUCAUAAAUAAACCUGUUUUGCUUUGUCUUUAAUAAAACCAUUGUCACAUUUUCAUUCUAGUUUCUUCACUCCCAUCGUCAGCAGACUUGAAUCUGUUGCAAAGCAGUGCGUCAGUGCCUCUUCUGCAGCAGGAUGAGGUAAAUCGUUCCAACUUUUAUUAUCCCUGCUGCUUUCAGAAAAACGAUACUUCUAUCAGCAACUUAUCAGACUGCAGAAGAAUACUGUAUUUGUAUGGAUGAGUGGCUUUAGUCAUUUAAUCUGUGAUUGAGCUUUGUGGGUGUAUCCCUUGUUCUCACACUUCCAUUUUUCUCAGACUGACAGUGACGGCCCUUUUGAGACCAAUUUGAGAGGAAGAAUAAACACAGGCAGCUCCAUGUCCAACCUAAGUCUUUCCUCAGGGUUGGCCUCCAUGUCAUCAGUAAGUUCGCACUCAGCUCAUCAGAUAUCAGGCGGGCUACUUUUAGCAUUUUAGCAUGUUGGGAAUGGGGUUUGGCAUUGUCCUGCUGAAAUAUGUGAUGUCUACCCUGAAAAAGCUGUCGUCUGGAUAGCAACAAAUGUUACUCUGUAUCUUAGUUGAAGUGUUCAGAAAUAAGGGGGUUACAAGCUGAGUCAUUCCUCUCUCUUUUAGAGUGACAGACGCAUAUCCAUGAUUUCCAAAAAAGAGGGUUAAUUUAAAAGGGCUUCUUAUUUAAAGAAGUCACAAGUGGUUGGGGAUCAAAUUUGUACAUGGUCCUUUUUUGUUAUGGUUCAGUUCAUAUCACAGACAAAGAUUUUUUUAUGUGGUUUUGAGCACAUGCUGUAACUUCCACUGCAGUCUUGUCUGUUUUUUAUGUAGAUCACAGCCAUCCAAUGUUGAUUUUUUUGGCUUUGUCCCUGUUGUGCAGAGAUUUCUUUAGGUUCUCUGAGUCUUUUCAGGAUAUCUUGUCCUAUAGAUGACAAACCCCAACUUCUUUGCAGUUUUAUACUGAAGAGGACAGAAUCGAUAUCUAGUUUGUAAAUAAAUGUUGAGUGAUACCUCGUCCUCUUUUUCAUCGUCAGUACCCCUCUCUGUAACCAAUUUUAACCCGGGGUUCUCUCUUCCUGUACCAUUAUGAACGAGCAGAUCAGCGGCAGCACCAGCAGCAUUUACCCUUCAGACUUUGGCGACAUUGAAGUCCAGGGAAGCAUCCAGUUUGCUUUGAACUACGUCCAGAAGCUUGGAGAGUUUCACAUCUUUGUGGUGCACUGCAGGGAUCUGGCUGUGGCAGACGCCAAGAAGAACCGCUCAGACCCGUAAACACCUGCCAUAUAUUUGACACUUGGCAUUUAAGAUAUAAAUAUUGAAACUAGGAGACUGGAAGACUGGAAAAAAUGAAAUAUAAAACACGUUUGUAAAAAAGUUCAUUUUAAUAUUAAGUAUGAAACCGCAUCUUAUGUUUUAGAUCAAAUGAAGAAAGUUACACUGCUUUCUGUUUUCAGGUAUGUGAAGUGUUACCUUCUUCCUGACAAAACAAAACUGGGAAAGAGAAAAACUGCUGUAAAAAAGAAGACCCUAAGCCCUGACUACAAUGAAAUCCUCAGGGUGAGAGCGCCAUGUUAAGUCUUUACAGAGCUCUCAUCAUUUGUUGUCCAUCUUUUACAAACAUCUUCAUUGCCUCCUUUUUCUUUUAUAGUACAAAAUCCAAAUGGAGGUCCUAAAAACUCAGAAUUUGAACGUCUCAGUGUGGCACAAUGACACUUUUGGGCGAAACAGUUUCCUGGGUGAUGUGGACCUGGAUCUUUCAGAGUGGGACUUCAGAAACACACAUUUAAAUGAAUACGCUUUGAAAGCCAGGGUAAGGGUGCAGUCACUUUACACAGCAUGUGUGUAUCGUACAAAUUGAUUUAUAAGACAUUUACCUAUCACUAAUUCUUUAGCCGUUGGCACAAACUUCGUCACCGACUCCCACACAUCUGAUGGACGGCCGAGGACAGAUGAGAGUCGCCCUGAGAUUCUUGCCACAGACGUCCCACAGUGAGCUGUUACCUCCAGUUUAAAAAUAAAUCCUGUUAUUUUAGGUUUAUCAGUGUUUAUGUUCUGACUGCAUCCACAGGUCAGGGCACGUCCAAGAUGGAAACCAGUGAAGUGCAGAUUUGGGUUAAAGACUGCAAGAACUUACCGUCAGUCAGAGGAGUUGUAAUCGACCCCUUUGUGAAAUGGUAGGAUGUUCUGCUACUGAUCCUUUUCAUGUGCUCUGCUUUAAACGUUAGCCUAAAUUUCAACUGUGACUGUCAUCCUUUACUAACAAUAACUUGGGUUUUUUAAUCCUAAAUGAAAUUAUGUAAAAUCCAAAACAGCAUAAUAGUGUUAUGAAUCAAUUCUGUUAAGAUGUGUGUGUAAUGCAGUUAGACAUUACUUAUGACAUUAAAGCACCAGUGAGGACUUUUUGAUGAUUAUGAAAUAGACUGAAAUUCAUAUUGAUGCCUUUAUAUGAUCUACAAAAGCAUAUGAGACAAUCAGCAACAAGAUUGACAACCUUUAUAUUUGAGUUUUAAUGUGUGGCAGUAUUUGAAAAAAUGAGAAGAUUUGAAAAUCCUAAAUUAAAAAUGAUGUCCUUUAUAAAAUUCCUAAAUGUGGUUUUGGCAUUACUUUAUAUAUCAACAGUAGUUGACCUGCUUUCUUGUUUUCUGCAUAAGUUUUGUAAAACUGAUAUUUGCCAACCACUAGUUUAAACCCAAACACUGGUAGAAAGAAAUUUGAAAUGACUAGAACCAAUUUUUCUUAGCGUGAUCAAAAGCUGAACACAAAGUUUUAUUGUAGAUAUAUUAGGUUGUAUCUUAACCUUACGAUAACGUGUCAUAUUUCAUCUAUAUCUCAAUGAUUUGGUCUUUUAAAGUAUUCUGUUUAACAUUUUGGUGUAAGACUGAACCUAAACAAGUUUUCGUUUGGUUAAUACAACUUGUGACAUGUUUUUCUCUCUCUCUCUGCAUCUGCUGCAGCACCGUACUCCCUGACACGAGCAGGAAAAGUAGACAGAAGACACGAGUUGUGAAGAGGACGGUAAACCCAAUGUUUAACCACACCAUGGUGUACGACGGCUUCAGACCAGAGGACCUGAGAGAGACCUGUGUGGAGAUUACUGUGUGGGAUCACGAUCGACUGAACAACCACUACAUUGGUGGUGUGAGGCUUGGGCAAGGGACAGGUCAGAGUCCACUCCACUGUAACUUUGUAACGCUCCUUUAACUGUAGUCUGAUUUCAAGUCAUUUUCUCUGGUAUCCAAGAGCUCAAAGAAGUUUUGACUCAUUUCAAAUGAUAUAAAGUUAGACAAUUUCAAGUGAUAUAAAGUUAGACACAGCCUGUAGGUGUUACUUUUUACACCGCUCUAAAGUCAUAAAAUCAACCAAAAGUUAUGCCUUUUAGAAAACAGCACCUAAGGCACCCAGGCCAGCGCUCCAUCUUAAGAUAGGUACUGUUACAUUGACAGCUGUUGUGAUGUGGUUCUGAGUUGGAACAGCUCUGGGUUUCAGUAACAGCUGGGGUGCAAAUCUAGUUAGGACUUGCCUUUGUUUACAAUUGAGACCUCAGGAAAGUGACAGCUCUGAAAUGGCUGUUAAUGUCCUAAAGGAAUAAAAACUUCACAGUUUUCUGGUGCCUUUGUUUGCUGGAAGAGAAAAUAGUAGCUAUUUUCCACCACAACCAAAAACAUUUCCUUGAGCUGCUGGGUGGGCGUGCCUUCAACAUUGUUCCAGUUGGGCAGAUCUUGACAUCAGGUUCAGGACACAUUCGCAAGCUGUUCAGAGAAUCUGGAAACCACAUAGACACCAACAUCAAUGGAUCUCAUGUUCUUAUGUAUCUGAUAUCAUGAAACUUUGCCAAGGUUUCCUAAGGACAUCCGACACUGUAACAUUAAAAGUUAUCUAUCACAAUACAAAUCAGCACAUUAGGUUUCCUUUGAGUUCAAAUACAUUCCUCUACAAAUUACAACUUGCUCAGGUAGCUUCCUUCACUGAAAGGAAACUCAGGAUGUUCUCAGUUAGAGUCUCUUCUUUCACUCAAGUGCUGCUCUGAUUUUAGGAAUUUUAAAAAGAAACCAAAAGUUUGCAGAAAAAAAACUGCAUGUAAAAGCUGCAUACUUAUCAGCGCAAUUUCACUAGAUAAUAAACUUAAAACUGUAUUCAUCAAAGCUAAUUCACCUAUAAUAGAAAUAUCCAUAAUAAUCUGCCAUCAUGCAUGCUUUCUUUUGCUGCUUUACCAUCUUGAUGGACUGAACUUAGUUUUUUCCCUCCCUGACUCCUCGUUUGUUUGUUCACCUAAAGCCUGACCAAGUCAUGUCGAUGCCUUUCUGUGCAGGGAAGAGUUACGGAGUGGACGUGCCUUGGAUGGAUUCAACAGCAGAUGAAGCAAAUUUAUGGCAGAGGAUGUUACUGGCUGAUGGAGAAUGGGUGGAGGAUGUUUUACCUUUGAGAAUGUUGGUGAUGGCGAAAAGCAUGUCGAAGUGAGACUGAAGAAAGUGUGCAGGUUAACGGAUGGAGACGAGCAUGUCGAAGUGAGACUGAAGAAAGUGUGCAGGUUUACGGAUGGAAAAUUUAUCAGUGCGCACAUGUACAUAUGGAUGUGUGGUGCUGAGUGGUAAAUGCUGCACUUAUUAUUUAACACGGUGAGUGUAAUCAGCGAGCUACAUGAACAAUAUGUGUGCAUCUAAUGAUCAACGUGUGAUAAAUCCAUGCACACAGCACUUCAGUGAAGACUAAACCAAGUGUUUGGUGUGCUAUGUAGAAAGGUUGAAUGUGUAUUAAUGACA